UAGAAAUUUUUUUUCAUUGAAGGAAAAGUAAAUAAAUAAUUCCAUAAAAUGAGCAAUUAUAUUAAUAAUGAGUGUUUUAUAAAUGAAAUUCAAUAUAAAUGCCGUACAUGCUUUGAUCCAGGACAAUCAGUUUUCUCCCUUACAGCUGAAUGCAGCAACUCAAAAACCUGGCGUGAUUUAUUAGAGGAAAUUGCUCAGUUUCAACCAAUCGAGGAUGAGCUACUACUACCAAGGACUGUAUGCUGUAAAUGUUUGGAUAAAAUUAUAAGUUUCUAUGAUUUUAUACUGCAGAUACAUAAUGUGAAUAAAAAAUACUCUCAAUUAUUGGGAAAAUGUGAGGAUGGGAUUUCAAAUGAAAUUGACAAUUUUACUGAUUGUCUGGCAGAGUCUGCUAAUGAUUUGCCGUUGGAGAUGUUAAUGACGGAAAUUAAAUUGGAAGAAACGCAGAUUGUUCCAUACGACAUUGUUUACAGUGACAAUAAUAAACUACAAAAAUUGGAAUAUACAGACGCUCAUGACCCUUUUAUGGAAACGAGUGAUGAGACUAUAAAUUCAAUGUCAGUGAAAUUGGAAGAAAUCCAAAGAUCACUAAAUGAACAAAAUAAUCAAAGUUCAAACGAUAACGAAAAUAAAUUCAGAUCCUCAUCGUCCGAUGAAAGUGAUUACUUGCCUGAAAACGAUAUUUCAAAAAGCCAACCGAGCGAAAAAACUACAUUUGAAAUAGAUUCAGACUAUGCUCUAAUCAAGAAAGUGAACAAUUAUUAUCAAUGUGUCGUAUGUAAAACAUCAUUUAAGUUGCAAAAAAAUUGUCGUCGUCAUAUAAAAGAAGCACACUCUAGCCAAAAUGAAGAUAGCUCCUCGUCAUCUGAUGAAAGCGAUUAUGAUUAUGAGUCAGCCUAUAGACAUAAAAUCCCACUAAAAAAAGGUUCAGAACGUGAUAAAAUCGAAAAAGUCAACAAUAAUUUCGUAUGUCUUAUAUGUAAACAAACAUUUACGUUGCAAAAGAAUUGUCGUCGGCAUAUUAUUAUAAAGCACCCACAAAAAACCGUAUUAUAUCCUUGCGGAUUAUGUGAUCUACAUUUUAAUUGUAAGAACUACUUGCAACUACAUCUUAAACGUAUGCAUCCAGGCGAAUCACUCGGUUCAAACUAUAAGCAUAUACAACGAUUAUUUGGAGAUCGUAUAUACAGCAAGCCUGCAGCUUGGUGUCUGGUCGAAUGUAAAUUGUGUGAUACACAAUUUACAACAACUAAAGAACUUCGUCAGCACUUGAAAAAUCACAGGAAUGUAAACUCUCUUCAUGGCUUAGACUUGGACAGUAACAUUGUCCAACAUUUAUUUCCAGAAAUGCUUGAUUUGGACGUUCUCAAGGAAAGUAUAUGCAAUGAUAUUCGAGAGGAAGAUUGGUUCAAAUAUUACACAGUGUUAAAUGAAAAUUUUUAUGAAAUGUCUGUUAGUGAUACAGAAGCAGAAGAUUUGCUAGAAGACACUGCAGAGGGUGUUGGCAAAUACAAGUGUGAAUUGUGUUUUGAAGAUUUCUUGCAUAAAUACCAAGUUUUCUCCCAUUUAAAAGAAUUUCAUAGUAAAGAAGAAAUCCCUCUGAAAUGUAGACGAUGCAAAUUGGAAUUUAUUUCAAUAAAAAUGCACGAAGAUCACAGAAAAACUCAUUGCCGAAAUAAAAAUAAAGUUUUACUUUGUACACGUUGCCCGGCCAAGUUUGUUUGGCCGGAAAAUUUGAAAAAACACAAGUGUGCCACAAAAAUACCACCGGAAAACUGGCCCUCUACUACAAAAGAUCAACUAAAAUGUAACAUAUGCGAACUGGAAUUUGAGGAAAAGGCAGAAUAUCAAGUGCAUUUAGCGUCACAUAGUGUUUCCAGGACAGCAUCUGCAAAAGCGAUAAUACGUUGUGGUCUUUGUGCACAAUAUUUUCAAAAACUUGAACAUUUGCGUCAACACAUGCCGUUGCAUGCUGAUGGCGUAACUGGUAUUGACUUUAAAGACUGUAUUUAUGUAAAAUGCUUUGAACGUAGCAAAUCAAUUGAUUUAGUGCCAAUGCAGCUGAGGAUUCAAAAUGCCUAUAUUAAAUCUCAAAUAAGUUGUUUUUACCAAGCCAUCGAUAAGUACGGCAAUGAACUAGACCUCUCAGACUCAGAUAGUAACACAGAAGAGAAUGCAGAUGAUGGUCAAACUAUAAAAAGACAAUACGGGUGCGACAUUUGCAAACAAAUGUUUGCAAAACGGAAACUUCUAUUGAACCAUCAACAAGAACAGCACAAUAAUGUGCCACUGCCCUUUACGUGUAAGGACUGUAAUCAGCCAUAUGUUAGCCUUGAUUUGUUACAACAGCAUUUGAAAAGGGUUUGCUGGAAUGAACACCGACGAAUAGCUCAGCAAUGUGAUUACUGUAAGGCUCGUUUUAUAUGGCCAAAUAAUCUAUUGAAACACAAAGAAAUACAGAAUCACACGACAACUGAUGUUCAACUUCAUUACUGUCUCCUGUGCCCAAAAACUUUCUUUAGUGUUGAAGAUGUCAAGGAGCACUUAGGUCGACAUUGUGUAACACCAGCUGAUGUCAAGACCGUUGAAAGUAUAGUAAAUUCUACAUGGUGGCCAAACGGUGACAAAAUCAUUAAAUGUAAACUAUGUGGCCUAACAUUUGAAACUAUGGCAAAAUUAAGUGAACAUUAUUCACCUACAAAUCCACAUACAUCUUGCGCUAAUUCGCAUUCACUGGCUAAUUACUCGAUUACAAAUCAAAAAGGAUUCGAAUUGCAUUUAGAACUGGAUUCUGAAACAGAAGUAGAAGAUGAGCAAGAAGCUCAUGAACAUACAGGAGACGAUAUAAAGACUUUAUAUCCCUACAGCUGUUGCAUGUGCAGUAAGUCGUUUAUGCGAAAAUAUCAAAUAGCUCAACAUCAGCGAUCUAUGCAUAAUUAUGAAUUACUACAGCUAAAGUGUGAACGUUGUAUUUUUAGAACAGUCUCACGGGAAUUUUUAGAUUAUCAUAAAGAUACGCAGUGUUUUAAUGAUGAAAAGAUUUACGAUUGUGAUCAGUGCCAUUUUAAAUUUAUGUGGAAAGAGAAUCUUGAUAAUCAUCAUGCUAUAUUUCAUACUCCCAAAGAGUGGGGAAAAACAUCGUAUGUAGCGAUUUAUAAUCAGACUGCGCCAAUCGAGAGCAAUAAUAUGGAGUCAUCAUCAAACAAAGAUGAGGCAAAAGUUAGCAAACCACCCAGAAUAAGAAAAGUAGAGACAUGUACAAUUUGUGGGGUGCACUACCAAAACAGUACAGCGCUUAAGGUACACAUGAUGAAGCACAGGGGUGAGAAACCGUUCAAAUGUGAUAUUUGCAAAAUGGACUUUAGACGCAAAUACGAUUUAAAGGAUCACCAAGUCACACACACUGGCGAACGUCCCUUCAAGUGUUUACAUUGCGAUAAAGGAUUUUCGCGACAAUGCAAAUUACAAGAACACACGCGUAUGCACACUGGCGAACGUCCAUACCAGUGCACAAUUUGCCAGAAAUCAUUUAACAAAUCGUACUAUCUAAAACUCCAUUUGCGUUAUCAUACUGGCGAUAGACCCUUCAAGUGUGAGAUUUGCGAUAAAAGUUUUGUAUGUUCCAACUAUCUGAAAAAACAUCGUGACUAUACAGGUCACAACAAAUUGUUCUCGACACCAGUCAACAUUUCCAAUUCAAAUGUUUCCGAACAUCCCAGUUCAAACGAGAGAAAGAAAUCGUUAUGUCCCAUUUGUGGAAUAUACUUGUCGUCCAAGACAUGUCUACCAUCACACGUUAGAACGCACACGGGUGAGAAACCCUUCAAGUGUGAUUUUUGCGUAAAGGCCUUCGCACGUAAAACCAAUUUACUUACUCACCGACGAAAACACACUGGUGAACGGCCCUACAAAUGUAAGACAUGCGGCAAAGCAUUUAAGCAAAACUCUCAAUUAAAUGUUCAUAACCGCAUGCACACCGGCGAACGCCCCUACAAGUGCAAGUUUUGUCAGAGAACAUUUACGACAUCGGACUCACUGAGACUACAUUUGCGUAAUCAUACAGGCGAGAAUCUUUCUAGGUGUGACAUUUGCGGUAAAGCUUUCGUAUUGCCCGCCUAUCUGAAAAGACAUCGUAUUGCAAUGGGUCAUCACGUUGAAAAAUUCCAUAAAAUGAGCAAUUAUAUUAAUAAUGAGUGUUUUAUAAAUGGAAUUCAAUAUAAAUGUCGUACAUGCUUUGAUCCAGGACAGUCAGUUUACUCCCUUACGGCUGAAUGCAGCAACUCAAAAACCUGGCGUGAUUUAUUAAAGGAAAUUGCUCAGUUUCAGGCAAUCGAUGAUGAUCUACUACUCCCAAGGACUGUAUGCUGCAAAUGUUUGGAUAAACUUAUAAGUUUCUAUGAUUUUAUACUGCAGAUACAUAGUGUGAAUAAAAAAUACUCUCAAUUGUUGGGAAGAUGUAAGGAUGGGGUUUCUAAUGAAAUUGACAAUUUUACUGAUUGUUUGGCAGAGUCUGCUAAUGCUUUGCCGUUGGAAAUGUUAAUGCCGGAAAUUAAAUUGGAAGAAGAACAGGUUGUUCCCUACGACAUUGUUUACAAUGACAAUAAUAAACUGCAAAAAUUGGAAAAUUCAGUCGCUCAUGACCCUUUUAUGGAAACGUGUGAUGAGGCUAUAAAUUCAAUGUCAGUGCAAUUGGAAGAAAUACAAAGAUCACUAAAUGAACAAAAUAAUCAAAGUUCAAACGAUGACGAAAAUAUAUUCAGCUCAUCAUCGUCCGAUGAAAGUGAUUACUUGUCUAAAAAUUAUAUUUCAAAAAGCCUACCGAUCGAACAAACUACAUUUGAGACAGAUUCAGACUAUGCGCUAAUCAAGAAAGUGAACAAUAAUUUUCAAUGUGUCGUAUGUAAGACAUCAUUUAAGUUGCAAAAAAAUUGUCGUCGACAUAUAAAAGCCGCACAUUCUAGCCGAAAUGAAGAUAGCUCCUCGUCAUCCAAUGAAAGUGAUUUUGAUUAUGAAUCAGCCUAUAGACAGCAAAUCCCACUAAAAAAAGGUUCAGAAGGUGAUAAAAUCGAAAAAGUCAACAAUCAUUUCGUAUGUCUUAUAUGUAAAAAAACAUUUACGUUGAGAAAAAAUUGUCGUCGGCAUAUUAUAUUAAAACACUCACAAGAAGACAAAUUAAAUCCUUGCGGAUUUUGUGAUCAAUAUUUUAACUGUAAGGACUACUUGCAACUACAUCUUAAACGUAUGCAUCCAGGCGAAUCACUCGGUUCUAACUCUAAGCAUAUACAACGAUUAUUUGGAGAUCGUUUAUACAGCAAGCCUGUAGCUUGGUGUCUGGUCGAAUGUAAAUUGUGUGAUACAACAUUUACAACAAACAAAGAACUUUGUCAGCACUUGAAAAAUCACAGGGAUGUAAACUCUCUUCAUGGCUUAGACUUGGACAGUAACAUUGUCCAACAUUUAUUUCCAGAAAUGCUUGAUUUGGACGUUCUCAAGGAAAGUAUAUGCAAUGAUAUUCGAGAGGAAGAUUGGUUCAAAUAUUACACAGUGUUAAAUGAAAAUUUUUAUGAAAUGUCUGUUAGUGAUACAGAAGCAGAAGAUUUGCUAGAAGACACUGCAGAGGGUGUUGGCAAAUACAAGUGUGAAUUGUGUUUUGAAGAUUUCUUGCAUAAAUACCAAGUUUUCUCCCAUUUAAAAGAAUUUCAUAGUAAAGAAGAAAUCCCUUUGAAAUGUAGACGAUGCAAAUUGGAAUUUAUUUCAAUAAAAAUGCACGAAGAUCACAGAAAAACUCAUUGCCGAAAUAAAAAUAAAGUUUUACGUUGUACACGUUGCCCGGCCAAGUUUGUUUGGCCGGAAAAUUUUAAAAAACACAAGUGUGCCACAAUAAUACCACCGGAGAACUGGCCCACUAUUACAAAAGAUCAACUAAAAUGUAACAUAUGCGAACUGGAAUUUGAGGAAAAGGCAGAAUAUCAAGUGCAUUUAGCGUCACAUAGUGUUUCCAGGACAGCAUCUGCAAAAGCGAUAAUACGUUGUGGUCUUUGUGCACAAUAUUUUCAAAAACUUGAACAUUUGCGUCAACACAUGCCGUUGCAUGCUGAUGGCGUAACUGGUAUUGACUUUAAAGACUGUAUUUAUGUAAAAUGCUUUGAACGUAGCAAAUCAAUUGAUUUAGUGCCAAUGCAGCUGAGGAUUCAAAAUGCCUAUAUUAAAUCUCAAAUAAGUUGUUUUUACCAAGCCAUCGAUAAGUACGGCAAUGAACUAGACCUCUCAGACUCAGAUAGUAACACAGAAGAGAAUGCAGAUGAUGGUCAAACUAUAAAAAUACAAUACGGGUGUGACAUUUGCAAAGAAAUGUUUGCAAAACGGAAACUUCUAUUGAACCAUCAACAAGAACAGCACAGUAAUGUGCCACUGCCCUUUUCGUGUAAAGACUGUAAUCAGCCAUAUGUUAGCCUUGAUUUGUUGCAACAGCAUUUGAAAAGGGUUUGCUGGAAUGAACACCGACGAAUAGCUCAACAAUGUGAUUACUGUAAGGCUCGUUUUAUAUGGCCAAAUAAUCUAUUGAAACACAAAGAAAUACAGAAUCACAUGACAACCGAUGUUCAACUUCAUUAUUGUCUCCUGUGCCCAAAAACUUUCUUUAGUGUUGAAGAUGUCAAAGAGCAUUUAGGUCGACAUUGUGUAACACCAGCUGAUGUCAAGACCGUUGAAAGUAUAGUAAAUUCUACAUGGUGGCCAAACGGUGACAAAAUCAUUAAAUGUAAACUAUGUGGCCUAACAUUUGAAACUAUGGCAAAAUUAAGUGAACAUUAUUCACCUACAAAUCCACAUACAUCUUGCGCUAAUUCGCAUUCACUGGCUAAUUACUCGAUUACAAAUCAAAAAGGAUUCGAAUUGCAUUUAGAACUGGAUUCUGAAACAGAAGUAGAAGAUGAGCAAGAAGCGGAUGAACAUACAGGAGACGAUAUAAAGACUUUAUAUCCCUACAGCUGUUGCAUGUGCAGUAAGUCGUUUAUGCGAAAAUAUCAAAUAGCUCAACAUCAGCGAUCUAUGCAUAAUUAUGAAUUGCUACAGCUAAAGUGUGAACGUUGUAUUUUUAGAACAGUCUCACAGGAAUUUUUAGAGUAUCAUAAAGUUACGCAAUGUUUUAAUGAUGAAAAGAUUUACGAAUGUGAUCAGUGCCAUUUUAAAUUUAUGUGGAAAGAGAAUCUUGAUAAUCAUCAUGCUAUAUUUCAUACUCCCAAAGAAUGGGGAAAAACAACGUAUGUUGCGAUUUAUAAUCAAACUGCGUCAAUCGGGAGCAAUACUAUGAAGUCAUCAUCAAACAAUGACGAGACAAAAAUUAGCAGACCAUCCAGAAUAAGAAAAGGAGAGACAUGUACAAUUUGUGGGGUGUACUUCCGAGACCGUUCACAUCUUAAGGUACACAUGAUGAGGCACAAGGGUGAGAAACCAUUCAAAUGUAAUCUUUGCGAAAUGGCCUUUACACGCAAUGCAGAUUUAAAGGAUCACCUAGUCACACACACUGGCGAACGUCCUUUUAAGUGUUUAUAUUGCGAUAAAGGAUUUGCGCGACAAUGCAAAUUACGAGAACACGAGCGUGUGCACACUGGCGAACGUCCCUACCAGUGCACAGUUUGUGAGAAAUCAUUUAACAAAUCGGGCUAUCUGAAACUCCAUUUGCGUUAUCAUACUGGCGAUAGACCCUUCAAGUGUGACAUUUGCGGUAAAAGUUUUGUAUGUUCCAACUAUCUGAAAAAACAUCGUGACUGUACAGGUCACAACAAAUUGUUCUCAACGCCAGUCAACAUUUCCAAUUCAAAUGUUUCCGAACAGCCCAGUUCAAGCGAGGGAAAGAAAUCGUUAUGUCCCAUUUGUGGAAUAUACUUGUCGUCCAAUACAAGUCUAACAUUACACGUUAGAACGCACACGGGUGAGAAACCCUUCAAGUGUGAUUUUUGCGAAAAGGCCUUCGUACGUAAAACCGAAUUACUUACUCACCGACGAAAACACACUGGUGAACGGCCCUACAAAUGUACGAUAUGCGGUAAAGCAUUUACGCAAAACUGUAAAUUAACUGUUCAUAACCGCAUACACACCGGCGAACGUCCCUACAAGUGCAAGUUUUGUCAGAGAACAUUUACGAAAUCGGACUCACUGAGACUACAUUUGCGUAAUCAUACAGGCGAGAAUCUUUCUAGGUGUGACAUUUGCGGUAAAGCUUUCGUAUUGCCUGUCUAUCUGAAAAGACAUCGUAUUGCAAUGGGUCAUCACGUUGAAAAAAUUAUUGUUUUAAAAAGGUACAAAAUGAGCAGCAAUAGUAAAAAUGAGUGUUUUAUAAAUGGAAUUCAAUAUAAGUGUCGUACUUGCUUUGAUCCAGGACAAGCGGUUUACUCCCUAACAGACGAAUGCAGCAACUCAAAAACUUGGUGUGAUUUGUUAAAGGAUAUUGCACAGCUCCAGACCAACGAGGACGAUCUACUUCCAAGGACAGUAUGCUGCAAAUGUAUGGAUAAACUUAUUAGUUACUACGAUUUUAAACAUCAGAUACAUAAUGUAAAUAAAAAAUACUCUCAGUUGUUGGCAAGUAGUAAUAAUACAAUGCAGGGAGGAAUUCUAAAUGUUUCGAUACAAAAUGCACCAGAAAUAAAAUUAGAGGAAGAACGGGUUGUUCCAUAUGACAUUGUUUUCGGUGAUAAAAAUAAAUUACAUGGAGAGAGUGAAGAAAAUUUGGAAAAUAAUGACGCUCUAGGAAUUUUUACGGAUACCUGCAAUGACUCGAUAAAUUCGAUCCCAGAAGUCCCUAGAUCUCCAAGUCAACAAAGUAAUCAUACAUUUAACGAUGACUACAAUGAUGACGGAAAUGAAUCGAGCUCUUCAUCGUUUGAUGAAUGUGAUAAUGUGCCUCUAAAAAGAUUGAAGAAUGAGAAAAGCAACACCAAUGUCAUUACUCCUGUCAACAACCAAGCGAUCGAAGGAAAUGUAUUUGAAAAGGAUUCAGACUAUGAUCUAAUCGAAAAAGUGAACCGUCGCUUUCUAUGCAUCAUAUGCAAAAAAGCAUUUGCAUUAAAAAGAAAUUGUCUGCAACAUAUAAAAACAAUACAUACUCGUCAAAAUGAAUCUAGGCAACCAGACGAUCAGAAAACAGCUGCAGAAAAUGAUACAAUAGAAAAAGAAAAAAUAUUCCCUUGCGCCUUUUGUAAAGAACAUUUUAACUGUAAGGACUAUUUACAAAUGCACCUUACAUAUAUGCAUCCGUUCGAAUCAUUAGAUUCGAACACUAAGUUUAUAGAGCGAUUAUUUGGAGAUCGUUUAUACAGCAAGCCUACAGCUUGGUGUCUGGUGGAAUGUAAAUUGUGUGAUACAGCAUUUACAACAACUAAAGAACUUCGUCAGCACUUAGAAAAACACAGUGAAGUAAACACUCUUCAUAGCUUAGACUUGGACAGUGACAUUGUCCAGCAUUUAUUUCCAAAUACAAACGAUUUAAACAUUGUCAAGAAAUGUAUAUGCAAUGAUAUUCGUGGAAAACGUUGGUUCAAAUAUUACACAGUGUUAAAUGAACAUUUUUAUGAAAUGUCUGUUAGCGAUACGGAACCCGAAGAUUUGGUAGAAGAAAAUUCAGAGCGUACUGGAAAAUACACGUGUCAAUUGUGUGCUCAAGGUUUUUCGUAUAAAUAUCAAGUAUUCUCACAUUUAAAGGAAGCUCAUAACAAGAAAGAAAUUCCUUUGAAUUGUAGCCAAUGCAAAUUGGAAUUUAUUUCAAUAAAAAUGUACGAACUACAUAAACAAACCCACUGCCGAAAUAAACAUAAAGUUUUAGUUUGUCCACAAUGUCCCGGUAAGUUUGUUUGGCCGGAAAAUAUGAAAAAACACAAUUGUGCCAGGAAAGUACCAGUAACUUUAGCGGCAGUUACUAAGGAUCAACUAAAAUGUAAUACAUGUGAUCGUAAAUUUGAGGAGAAAACAGAAUAUCAAGAGCAUUUAGGGACACACAGUAAAGACAGGACCAUGUCUGCAAAAACUAUAAUACGAUGUGGUCUUUGCACAAAUUCUUUUGAAACACUUCAACAAUUACGUAAACACCUGCCGUUGCAUGCCGAUGGUGUAACUGGUAUAGACUUUAAAGGAUGUAUUUAUGUAAAAAGCUUUGAACGUACCAAAACAAUUGAUUUGGUGUCACUGCAGUUGAGCAUUCAAAAUGCUUAUAAUAGAUCUGAAAUAAGUUGUUUUUACCAAGCCAUCGAUAAGUACGGCAAUGAACUAGACCUUUCAGACUCAGAUAGUAACACAGAAGAGGAUGCAGAUAAUGGUCAAAAUGUAAGAAGACAAUACGGGUGUGCUAUUUGCAAAGAAAUAUUUGCAAAACGAAAACUUCUAUUAAACCAUCAACAAGAACAGCACAACAAUGUGCCACUGCCCUUUAAGUGUAAGGACUGUAAACAGCAAUAUGUUAGUCUUGAUUUGUUACAACAACAUUUAAAAAGAGUUUGUGGAAAUGAACAUCAUCGAAUAGCUGCUCAACACAAGGAAUUACAGCAUCCCAUGAUCUCCCAACCUGCCGCCAGUGAUCAUCUUCAUUAUUGUCUGCUGUGCCCGAAAAGAUUCAUCAGUGCUGAACACGUCAAAGAUCACUUAAGUCACCAUCGUUUGACACGCGCUGAUGUCAAGACCGUUGAAAGUAUAGUAAAUUCUACGUGGUGGCCAAAUGGUGACAAAAUAAUUAAAUGUAAACUAUGUGGUCUAAUAUUUAAAAAUAUGACCAGUUUAAGUGAGCAUUUUUCACCUACAAAUCCUCAAAAUUUGUGUGCCAAUUCGCAUUCACUGGCAAAUUAUUCAAUUACAAAUCAAAAAGGAUUCGAAUUGCAUUUAGAACUGGAUUCUGAAACAGAAGAUGAAGAAAAAGAAAAAGAAAAAGCGAUACAUAAUGAAGAGGAUAAGAAACAUUUAUUUUCCUAUAAGUGUUGCAUGUGCAGCAAAUCGUUUAAACGAAAAUAUCAAAUAGCUCAUCAUCAGCGUUCUAUGCACAACUAUGAACAGUUAAAGCUAAAAUGUGAACGUUGUAUUUUUAGUACAGUCUCACAGAAAGUUUUAGAUUAUCAUAAAGCCACGCAGUGUUUUAAUGUUGAAAAACAAUAUGAAUGUAACCAGUGCCAUUUUAAAUUUAUGUGGCAAGAGAAUCUUGAUAAUCACAUUAACAUGAUUCAUAUUUCAAAAGAAUUGGCUAAAACGAAGAAUGUUAAGAUUUCUAAAGAGUCUGUACCAACCAACAACACAAGCGACACCAAUAUUAUCGAAUGCAAUGACUCGGAAAAAUUUCACAAGAUUUCUAGAUCAAAUGUUUCUGAAGAAACCAGACCAAAAGGGAAAAGGAAAUGUCCCAUUUGUGGGAUCCACUUGUCGAUCCAAACAAGUCUUACGUAUCACCUGAGAACUCACACGGGUGAGAAGCCCUUCAAGUGUGAGUUUUGCGACAAUGCCUUUACACGUAAAAGCGUUUUAGAUUAUCACCGACUCCAACACACUGGCGAACGUCCCCACAAAUGUACGCAAUGCGGAAAAGGAUUUUUGAAAAAAAUUAAAUUAAAUAAUCACAUCAAAAUGAUUCAUACUUCAAAAGAAUUGGCUAAAGCCAACGAACCCAGUCCAAAAGCGAAAAAGAAAUGUCCCAUUUGUGGGAUCCACUUGUCGAUCCAAUCAAGUCUUACGUAUCACCUGAGAACUCACACGGGUGAGAAGCCCUUCAAGUGUGAGCUUUGCGACAAGGCCUUUACACGUAAAAGCAUUUUAGAUUGUCACCGAAGCAAACACUCUGGCGAACGUCCCUACAAAUGUACGCUAUGCGAAAAGGGAUUUUUGCAAAAAAUCAAAUUAGAUAAUCACAUCAACUUGAUUCAUACUUCAAAAAAAUUAGCCAAACCGACGGAUGUUGUGAUUUCUAAUGAGUCUGUAUCAAUCAACAAUACAAGCUAUACCAAUAUUAUCGAAUGCAGGGACUCGGAAAAAUUUCACAAGAUUUCUAGAUCAAAUGUUUCUGAAGAAACCAGACCAAAAGAGAAAAAGAAAUGUCCCAUUUGUGGAGUCUACUUGUCGAUCCAAACAAGUCUUACGUAUCAUAUGAGAACUCACACAGGUGAGAAACCAUUUAAGUGUGAAUUUUGCGAAAAGGCCUAUUCACGUAAUAGCGCUUUAGAAUAUCAUCGACGCAAACACACUGGCGAACGUCCUCACAAAUGUACGCAAUGCGGAAAAGGAUUUAUGGAAAAAGGGAGAUUAGCUGAUCACAUCCGCAUACACACUGGCGAAUAUCCCUAUCAGUGCAGGUUUUGCCAGAAAAGAUUCAGGAAAGUGAACUAUAUGAGACUACAUUUGCGUACUCACACAGGCGAGAAUCUUUGUAAGUGUGACAUUUGUGGUAAGGAAUUUUUAUGUAUCGCCUAUCUGAAAAAACAUCUUAAGUCAAAAGCGCAUCACGUUGAAAAGGAUUUAUAUUUCAAGGGUUUUUGUGUUUUCAGUCGUGGUAGCGAUUCUCGUGGAAUUGCCCAUAUAUUCAUCUCUAUUCGUAUUCGCAACCGUGCACGCAAUAUCUAUCGUAUACAGUGCUAUGCACCCACGGAAUUGGCAGACCUUAGGGAAAAAGAGGAGUUUUACAGUCAACAGGAGAUGAUUAUAAGAGAUGACCCUAGUGCCGACAUUCUAGUGCUAAUGGGCCCCUCUAACACGAACUUGGAACGAAUUAAAGUAAGGUGCAAAAUGUCCAGUAAUGUUAAAAACGAAUGUUUUAUAAAUGGAGUACGCUACAAAUGUCGUACUUGCUUUGAUCCGGGAAGAACAGUCUACUCCCUUGCAGAUGACGCAUGCAACACAAAAACUUGGCGUGAUUUAUUAAAGGAUAUUACUCCAUCACAGACGAAUGAUGAAGAUUUGCUGCCAAAUACUAUGUGCUGCAAAUGCUCGGGAAAACUUAAAAGUUCCUAUGAAUUUAUUCUUCAGAUUCAUAAUGUGAAUAAAAAAUACUCCCAAUUAUUGGCUUGUAAUGAUCCACUCCAGGAGAUUGAAAAUUUGUCCGACUGUUUGGCAGAAUCCACUAUUGAUUUGCCAUUGGAGCAGUAUAUACCGGAAAUUAAACUGGAGGAAGAUCUCGUUGAUCCAUAUAAUAAUGAUUUAAGUAACACAGUACCAGUCAGUAAAUCAAAAUUGGAAAGUGAAGUUUCUCAUGAUUCCUUGAGGGAAUGUUUUAAUGAUGAACUCAACUCAACAACAGACCAUUUAAUACAGCAAAAAAGGGAUAAUUUAAAAUCCAGGCACAACAGUUUUGAAGAUGACAAUGAUGACUAUAGAAAUGAAUGCAGCUCUACAUCGUCUGAUGAAAGUGACUAUGUGCCUUUGAAAAAAUUUAAGAAAGAAAAGGCGAAUAAUAGCAGUUGUAGUAGUAGCCAACCGGUCAAACAGAAAAAAGGCCGGAAAGCCCCUGAUUAUUAUGAUAAAAUCGAAAAAGUUAAUGAUCGUUUCGUAUGCCUCAUUUGCCAAAAAACAUUUUCUCUACGAAAAGAUUGUGGUCGACAUAUAGCUUCGAUACACUUGCGACACACCAUGUUUCCUUGUGAAUUUUGUGGACAAAGCUUUAGCCGUAAAGACAAGAUACAACACCACAUUAAACGCAUGCAUUCAGAUGGAGUAGUGUAUCCGGCAAAACAUAAAGAAUGGCUAUUUGGAGAUCGUUUGUACAGCAAGCCUAUUGCGUGGCAUCUUGUAGAGUGUAAAUUGUGUGAUACUCAAUUUCAAACAACUAAAGAUCUUCGUCAGCACCUAGAAAAUCACAGUGAUGUUGAUACCCUUCAUAACUUAGAAUUAAGCGAUAAUAUUAUCAAACAUUUGUUUCCAAAUAUGAUUGAUUUAAAUAUGGUGAAGGAAAGUAUAUGCAAUGAUAUUCGCGAGAAACAAUGGUUCAAAUAUUACACAGUGUUAAAUGAACACUCUUACGAAAUGUGUGUUAGUGAUACGGAAGCCGAAGAUUUAGAAGAAGACACUGCAGAGAGUGUCAGCAAAUACAAGUGUGAUUUGUGUGCUAAAGAGUUUUCAUUUAAAUACCAAGUUUUUUCUCAUUUAAAAGAGGUCCAUGGUAAGGAUGAAAUACCUUUGAAAUGUGGCCUAUGUAAAUUGGAGUUUAUUUCCAUAAAAAUGUACGAACAGCAUGCAAAAAUUCACUGCCGUAAUAGGCAUAAAGUUUUGCUUUGUGCACAUUGUCCCGCUAAGUUUGUUUGGCCUAAAAAUAUGAAAAAUCACAAUUGUGCCGCCAAAAUACUUGCGACCCCACAGGUUGCUGCUAAAAAAGAUCAACUAAUAUGUAAUGUAUGUGAUCGCAAAUUUGAAGUGAAGACUAAAUACCUAAAGCACUUGGAUACACAUAGUGAUGGCAGAACUGUAUCUUCAAAAACUAUAAUACGUUGUGGUCUUUGUGCACAUUCUUUCGAUAAACUUCGACAUUUGCGCAGACACAUGCCUUUACAUGCUGAUGGCAAAACUGGCAUUGAUUUUAUAGGCAGUAUUUAUAUAAAACGAUUUGAACGUGCAAAAUCAAUUGAUUAUGCACUACUGCAGCAGGAGAUACAAAAUGCGUAUAGUAAAUCUCAAAUUAGUCGGUUUUAUCGAGCCAUCGAUAAGGACGGCAACGAAUUGGACAUUUUAGAUUCGGAUAGUGGAGCAGAGGAAACGGACGUUGAUGGUGAAAAUAUAAAAAAAGAAUACGCCUGCGAACUUUGCAAAGAAGUGUUUAAAAAACGAAAACUUCUAUUAAACCAUCAACAUGAACGGCACAAUGAUGUGCCAUUGCCCUUCCCGUGUAAGGACUGCACACAGCAAUAUGUUAGUAAUGAUUUGUUACAACAACAUUUAAUGAGGGAUUGCUGGAAUGAACAUCGACGAAUAGCUCAACAAUGCGAUCAUUGUAAUGCUCGUUUUAUAUGGCCUAAUAAUCUGUUGAAACAUAAAGAAAUUCAGCAUAAAAAUCAAAAGUAUUCAAGACCUCAAAGAGCCAGCACUCUCAAGUGUGAGUACUGUGAAAAGGUAUUUAUAUGGCCCAAGGAUUUAGUGCGACAUAGGAAAACUCACACUGAAGGUAAAAAAUUCACGUGUCCUCACUGUGAUCGUAAAUUCCACCGCAAAGACAAUUUACUGGCUCACAUACGAAUACAUUGUCCUGAUGGUAUUCCCACAGUCUCAAAUCCUGGUAAAAGUAUUGACUACAUACUGCCACAUUUAAUAAAACCUCACGGCUGCAAACGCAUCAAAUGCAUGAUCUGUUUUUCCGAACACAGUCGCAUACGCGACUUAAGGUCCCACUUACGUACACAUCGCUAUUCGGUUAAUUUCGAUAAAAGAAAAGAAAUUGAAACUAUUGACGUAAUAUCAUCUCAGCUCUAUCCCGAUGAACCGGUAUCUUUGGCAGAAGAGGAACUAGUGAAACGGAUUGGUUCAGACAUUGUGGCGGAAAACUAUUUGGAACGUUUUUACUCCAUAACAAGUGAGAACGGUUGCGAAGUUAGUUUAGAUAGCUCUGAAACUGAAAGCGAUUCGGAUGAUAACGAAAGCGGCGAUGAAGGCGAUAUAAAAUCGAAACGUGUUUACAAGUGUGAUUUAUGUCCUCAAUUGAGUUUUAAUCGUAAAUAUAGAAUUUUCGAUCAUCAAAAUAAACAACAUAAGUGGGAAGAAGCUCGCCACAUUUGUAUACACUGCAAUGGUCGAUUUCUUUCAUCAUAUUUGCUACAAUUACACUAUAAGAAUCAAUGUAAAAAUUCAAAAAAACGACACUUUUGUCGACGUUGUCCCUUGCGUUUCAUGUGGAAAAAUAAUAUGAAGGCUCAUAUUGUAAUGGAACAUGGACAAGAGAUCGAAUUAAAUCACCGCCAUGAAUGUUUUCUAUGCCAAGAAAAGUUCUCCAUUCAAAAGGAACUCAAACGUCAUUUGAUCACCCAACAUUCCGCCGAUGCUGCACUUCAUUAUUGUCUGCUAUGCCCCAAAACAUUCUUCAGUAUUGAACAUCUCAAUGAACAUUUAAAUCGCCAUCGAUUGACAACAGCCGAUGUCAAGACCGUUGAAAGUAUAAUACAUUCCACCUGCUGGCCAAAUGGUGAAAAGUCAAUUAAAUGCAAAAUAUGUGGACUAAUAUUUCAAACAAUGACCAACUUAAGUGAACAUUUCUCACCAAGAAAUCCUCAGAACUUGUGUGCCAACCAACAUUCACUGGCAAACUACUCAAUUACAAAUCAAAAAGGAUUCGAGCUGCAUUUAGAACUGGAUUCUGAAACUGAAGUAGAAGAUGAAGUUGAAGCGGGUCAUAAUAAAGAUAGUAAAAGAUCUUUAUAUCCCUACAAUUGCUGCAUGUGUAGUAUGUCAUUUAAGCGGAAAUAUCAAAUGGCUCAACAUCAGCGUUCUAUGCACAAUUAUGAAGUGCUGGAGCUAAAAUGUGAACGUUGUAUUUUCAGAACAGUCUCACAGAAAGUUCUAGACUAUCAUAAAGCCACGCAGUGUUUUAAUGUUGAAAAACAAUACGAAUGCGAUCAGUGUAAUUUUAAAUUUAUGUGGCAAGAAAAUCUUGAUAACCAUAUUGCCAUAUUUCAUACUCCAAAUGAUUUGGCGAAACCAACGGACGUCGUUAAGACGGUGGCUUCUAAUGAACCUAUACCAACCAACAAUAAAAGCGAUAACAAUAUUUUCGAAUGUAUGGACUGUCACCGAAGAUACAAUCGAAAAGAUCGUUAUAAAGCUCAUUUUAAAAAGUUCCACAAUGAUAUGGAACCAACGUCGGUCAACAUUCCCAAGUCAAAAGUUCGCAAACAUCCCACACCGAAGAUGGAAAAGAAAUUUUUAUGCGCCUUUUGUGGCCUCUCCUUUUCUAACAAUUCUAAUCUUACGGUACACAUGAGAAGGCACACGGGAGAGAAACCUUUCAAGUGUGACCUUUGCGAAAUGGCUUUUCCACGUACAUCCGAUUUACAGGCUCACCGACGAACACACACCGGAGAACGUCCCUUCAAAUGUAUGUUUUGCGAGAAAUCAUUUUCGCGACAAUACAAAUUAAAUGUUCACAAUCGCAUACACACGGGUGAGCGUCCCUACCAGUGCACGUUUUGUCAAAAAUCAUUUAUACAAUCGAACGAUUUAACACUACAUUUACGUCGCCAUACGGGCGAAAGACCCUAUAUGUGUGAUAUUUGCGGCGAGGGCUUUAUAUGUGCCACAUCUCUUAAGCAGCAUCGUAACUCAAAAGGUCAUCAGGAAGAAAAAAUGGAUUUAAAAAUGUGUGUGCAACAGUUGACGCAGUUCGAUAUGAAAUUCUAAACGACUUGGGAGAUAAGUACAUAUAGAUUUAUUAUAUUUUCUCAUUACAAUACAUACUUGUAUGUAUAUAAUCUGGUCAAAUACAUACAUACAUAUAUUUUAAUCGAAAUAUGUAAAAUAGGUUUUAUAUUACUCAUUAAUUUAAUGUGUUUUAAUUAUCUAAGUAAUAAAUUAAUUGUGGAGAUUUAUAA